AUGGCUAAAAGUGAAGGUUUUCAAAUAGCUUGCGCAGUUUCCGUUGAAAAAAUUCUGGAGCCUUUGGUUGAGCAAAUAUCCGCGCUGAUUGACCGGAAUGACUCACUGGAUCGUCCUAAGGGUCUGUCUCAAAACAAGGCCACAAUUCUCGACCUGGUCAAGAAUGCGAUAGGCGAUUUAAUGAAAAAUGCGGAAGAAGUACGCGGCGAGUGUCCCGACGUGUCGGCAAAUUUCCAGGUUGCUCUAUCAGAAAUUCAGGAUAUCGGUGAUCAUUUCCACAAGUCAGUGAACGCCUUUUUGGACAACCCCGAGAGUGAGGAAUUUCACGCAGAAAUGCUGAGGGCUUUGCGAAGCCUUUUAUCAUCUGUAACACGUGUCUUUAUACUUGCUGAUCUAAUUGACGUCAGUCAACUUCACAGCUGUCUCGAAAAUAUCAAGGGCGAUGCAGAAUGCAUUGGAAUUUUAACCGAUGAAAGUGAGCUUUCUUGUUUGUGCUCAUUACUGGAGAACCAUUUCAAAGACCUUCAAGUCCUGCUAAAGUUUCGGAGUCAGGAUUUUCUUGGUUCAAAACAACGGGUCGAUCUAAACAAUAGUUGCGCAACUCUCACUCUGGCCUGUGAAAUGAUGGUCGCCUCUACAAAGGCCAGUUUUUGCUACCCGAAAUUGGCGACAUUGGCGGCCAAUCGCGAGUUCGCAGUGAAGUUGGUUAACAGGGCGGUUGACCGCCUGGUCUGCGCCUGUGAUACAACCUACUCCCCAGCGACACUGCCACCACUGCAGGGACAGGCCGUAGCGCAGCUCAUGCAGGCGGUUGUGAAAUGUGCAGAGGCAGGAGUUGAGAAAGUGGAAUCCUGGAACAGCACUUUUUUCCAGAGCAAUGUUCAAAAACUCUCCACUGAAAUCGCAAUUCUAACGCAGUCAGCUGGUUUGGGGAAUAUUUUUCAAGCGGGCAUAGCACGCAACAUUCAUGAACUCAAUGAGGCGGUCGAUCUGUUCAUCGAAGCUUGGGACUACGAGACUUCAGCUGGUUUACGAGAAUAUAUGAUGACGAUGAAGAGAUCUUGUGCAAAUAUUCGUUCGCUGAUCUCACAAGCAGCGCUUACUCUUUCUUCAUCAACCUUCAUUGCAAACAACACUGCCCUUAGUCAUUUGGAAGAGUCUGCUAAAUACGCCAGCGAAGAAAAUUUAGUAUCGGCAGUAGUAGAAAUUCAGCAAACAUCAGAUCUCAUCGAUUCUGCUCUCUGUUUAUGUGGUGUGGGGACGGACCCAAAUAUGAUGCAUUUUGUAAGGGUCACUGCUAAUGACUUGGAACAACUUGCUCCCCAAUUGAUCAACGCCUCAAAGGCUCUUACUCUGCGAAGCCAAUCCUCGCUAACCAAAGAAAACUUCUCCAUAUUCCUCAAAUGCUACAAGUCUUUAGUGCAAAAGCUCUGCGAUUACAUCGAUGAGAUGACAAAUGUUUUGGAUUUCCUGGAAGCGUACGAUCGGUUGCUGCAGGACGACAUAAACUCAUGCCAAACGAAUGCGGAGGCUGCGCAAAGGAGUGGUCUCAUAAGCGUAUCUCGCAAGUUAUCCGCUCGCUGUUAUAGAGCAGUUCGAUACAUCCUCACCAAAUUGGAGACAUCCAACGGGCACAACGCGAAUGCGAACCAGACUCAAGCAACACUUGAGAGCAUAGAAAAGAAUCUUAUUCCGCAGCUCACUGAAGCAACGGGAGAGGUGUGUCGUAAUUUGCAUUCGCGAAACAGAGCACUUCAAGUCGACAACGUUCGACGCAUUGGUGAAGCAAUCCGCGAUGCUUUUAGUGGGCUAAGGCCCCUGCUGGAUACAAUGGAUUCCCGACAGGGAGAGACAUCUUCAAAUCUUGCAGAAACCACCUUCGAUUUGCCACCACCGACGCCAUCUCUGCCCCCUCCGCUGCCACCACCCCAACCAAACGAAUAUACCCACGACUCGUUCAUCCACCCAUUUAGUGGAUCCUCCAUACGAAGUUCGCGGUCGUCACAAGCGUCGUGCUCUCUUCAACAGUUUUUGAAUAGAACGGCUCCAAAUCUAAAUCAAAUGGUUAACAAAUUCAACAUGGAACAGGCGAGUCUCAUGUACCAAAUUGAAAGGAUGGAGGCGAGUGGGAAUGACCUAAUGGUGCCAACUGUUCGAAAAAUUUGUCUUCGAUUAACUGAUGUAAUCGACUAUAUGACAGUACCCGAGGGGAGUAUAAUUGCAACGGAUGCAGAACUUGUUCAAGCAACUCACGAGGUCGCGUUGAUGACGGCGCAGUUAAAUGGGAAGUGUGAAAAGAUAACGCGGGGCUCUUCUGAAAUAAGUGCCAAGAGAAGGUUAUUCACUUCCCUGAAAAAUAUUAAUCUAUUUUCGCAUGAGCUGGCAGUGAUGAGUCGAGUGAAAGCCGGUUUGAAAACACCAAAUAGCGAGUUAUGUCUUGACAAUGUAAUUUUCCUGGUUCGAUCUGCUCGGAACUUAAUGCGAGAAGUAAAUAAGGCCAUGAGUCAGGUUCGGACUAUUACCGAUCAAAACCGGUUUCGGUCCGCCACCGCGCUUCCACCCGUUCCACCUCGUCCCCGUCGGCGUCGUGCCAGCACGCAGAACGGAAGCGGCGACGACUGCAGCAAUAAUGAAAUCGCUCCAUUGACAUUCGAUGUUAGGAUUGAUCGAAGUGUCGACUUUUCAUAUUAA